AUGAAGACUCUUGUCCUUCUGGCGGGGGUCUUGGCCGUCAGCAUCGGUUUCGCAGGCGCACAAGGCCCUGCGUCAGCCCCAACCACAACCCGGUCCUCCAGCAACUCGUCCGCUUUGACGCCCGAGGAACAAGCGUACUUGCCGUACACCGAUCCCCGCCUGGCCUUUUCUGCAAACAAGACCAGCUUCAAGAUCCUCCAGGUGGCUGAUAUGCACUACGGCAACGGCACUUCCCGGUGCCUGAACCUUCUGCCUGAGUGGGCCGCUGCCGGCAGCUGCAGUGACGUCAACACCACCGACUUCCUGGGCGUCCUCCUUGACCAGGAGAAGCCCGAUCUGGUGGUCUUCACUGGGGACAACAUCAUGGCUCCUGACGUCAACGACCACGCCGUCAGCCAGCGCGCAUGGAGGAAGCCGGUUGAGGCGCGCAACAUUCCUUUCAUGACCAUCUUCGGCAACCACGACGACGAGGUGGCAAAGGCGACCAACGCGACCGUGACACGUGAAACACUUAUGACCGUCGAUAUGGAGAGCCCGAUGAGCCUCUCCAAGCCGGGGCCGAAGGGCCUCUUCGGAACCGGUACCUAUGCUUACGCCAUCAAUGACGCCAGCGGCAAGCCCAAGUUCGUCCUGUACCUGCUGGACAGCGGCAGCUAUGACGUCACCGGACGUCUGAAGGGCAGCUACGGCUGGAUCCAUGCCAACCAGAUCACGUGGUACAACCAGACGUCACGUGCCGUUGAGAAGCAGAACGGCGGCCAGAACGUCACCGCCGUCGGCUUCUACCACAUCCCCAUCCCCGAGUACGAGAACGCCUUCACCUGCGCUUGCACUGCCGUCAGCAACGGUCAGCCCAGCAGGACCUCUUUCGCCGACUUCGGAAACGGAACCACGCUCGCCGGAACGGGGCUCAAGACCCAGACCGGUUGCACUAACCAAACCUGCUAUGGCGUCAAGCAGGAGGGCGUGUACAGUGCCAGCGUCAACUCCGGUCUGCUGGCCGCCAUCGUUGAGCGCGGUGACAUCAAGAUGAUGAACGUGGGUCACGACCACGUCAACGACUACUGCGCCUCGUUCCAGGGCGUGCAGUUCUGCUAUGCCGGCGGGUUUGGAUACCAUGCGUACAACACGGAAGGCUUCCCCCGGCGCGCACGUGUGAUCACCCUGUCGGCCAACGGCACUAUCUCCACAUACAAGGCCCUCGAUGCGUUUGCCACGCCGCCUUACGCUACCCAGGACUUCCAGCAGAUCUACCCGUCCCCGUCCGUCUAA